AUGCAGUCAAGUCAGAGAACAAGUAUGAGGGGAAGGCAUUCGAAGCCGAGAUUGCUGAGAUAUGGGGGAAAUGACGAGAAAUUAUCUCAUAUGAAGACGGCACGAGAAACAGGCAGACAAGGCCGUGAGAAAUGCUGGCACUGGCACCUGCAAAUGUGGUUCGUGAAGUGUAACGCUGUUUAUCCUCAUUCCAGAAAUCUUUACUUUACGACGUCCCUUGAACGUAACAAACUCAUUAUUGCCGCCACCUCAAAUCACGCUUGA